AAAAAAAAGAACAAAGAGAAAAACAUAUUCUUCUUACUCAAUUUCUUUACAAAAAUCUAAACUGAGAACACUUGGUCUCUUCUUCUCACAGAGAUUUUUUUUUUUGUUUGGGUAAAAUAUCCUCAUAGAGUUUUCAAGAAGCAAAAGCUCUAAAUCUUCUGUUUCUAGUUUUUUUUUUGUGGUCUUCGGUAACUAUCUCCUCAGUUCCUCACCAAUGGAUUCUUUCAACUCUCAGAAAACCAAAUCAAGAAAGAUAAAGAGGCUUACGAAAAAGUCUCGUGUUCAGAUUAUCUUGGAUCUGUUCUACCGUGCGAUCGAGAUAGUUCUUGUUCUUGUCACAGUAGCUAAGCUCUGCUAUCAGCUCGUUAUCACGUUGCAUGAUUCUAGUGUCGCCGCGGUUAUUCUCGCAAACCGUAAUCUCGCGUUUGUUGUAGCAAACGCCAUAGUUAUCUCUCUAAUCGCGAAAUCCGGCGUUCUCUCGAACCAAGAAGCUGUAACGAAGUCCAAAAGCAACGCUCUUUACGAGGAGUUUGUUCACAAGAGCUCAAGGAGAAACAGAGUAAAACAGAGCGAAGCAGAGAACAAGGUUAAACAGAGUAUAACCGAACAGAGUGAAGCAGGGGAAGAGAAACAGAGCAUAACUGAGAGCAUACCAAAACAUAGCAUUUCCGAGAAGAGAGAGACACGUAGCAAACAUGAGAAGGUUACAAAACAGAGAACUUCAGUGAACAGAGAGAAACAAAGCAUAGCUGAGCAUCAUGAGACAACUGUGAAGAAGAUGGAGAAAGAGAAGAGGCAAAGUCAGAGUUACCAACGAAGCAGGUCGGAGAAUCUGGAGGGUUUGGAGAAGACUACUUCAUGUGGAAGUUUAAGGAGAUCAGAGACGGAUGCUUCUUCUGAGAGAUUUGAUUCUGAUGAAGAUGAACUCCGGUUUAAGAUCGAGUCUUUCAUUGCAAAGCAGAGGAGGAAUCAAAACGAUGAUUAGCUUGGUUUGAUUUAGAUAAAACAAAUAUAUUAAAAAUAAUAAAAUAUAGUUUUUGCAAAUACCAUUCACGUAUAAUGUGAGUGUUUGUUAUAUAAGGGUGAAAAUAUUUUUAAUCCCUGG